UAGAUAGAUAGAUAGAUAGAUAGAUAGAUAGAUAGAUAGAUAGAUAGAUAGAUUAAAGGGUUAUAGUUUUCAAAUCUCUCAGAUGUCUGCAAAAUUCAUCAUCUGGAAAUGAACGUGGAACUAGAAUUCUACAGAAAUGUCUGUCGUACUUUGACAAGACUGACUGGCUCUUUCCAGGGUCUGUCAAUGUAAACACAUCAAGGUGUGUUUACAUUCACUGUGAGAUUCUGCCUUCCUCUCUGCUGGGCAACCUGACAGAAAAUACUGUUUGGGCUGCAGUUGUUGGGUGGGGCAUCUCUGCUCUCUAUAAAUGCCUGAAGCUUUCUUCAGACUGUACAACCUGUGUGUAAAACCCUCUACAUCACUGUAGUUGGUGCCUGAUCCAGUGACAGUAUGGAUGCAGAUAAGUUAAUUCAAUCCAUCGUCAGAAUACUCAUGUUCAUUGCAGGCAUCCUGGGAAACAACUGGCUGGUGAUAGCCUCUCUUCCCAGAAAGAAAUCUGAAAUCCGUACCAAUGAGAUCCUGUUAAUCAACCUGGCUGUCUCCAACCUCAUUACCAACUACCUGGUGGACAUCCCUGUCACCAUGGAAGACUUUGCUGGCCGAUGGUUCUUGGGACUGAGCUUCUGCGGCAUUUUUCACUUCAGUUCUGACCUCUCAGAAACCAGCAGCCUCUUCACCACCCUCAUCAUCUGCAUCUUUUGGCACCAGAAGCUAGUUGGUUCUCUCAAGCGUGGAGGUGCACCUGUGCAGCUGGACAACCUCCAUCUGCUGGGGUGUCUACUGGCCGGGAGCUGGACACUGUCCGCCAUCUUCAGCAUGCCUCGCCUUUUCUUCGUUUCACAGGAGGUGAAAAAUGAGAGCCAUGAAAACUGCAUAGAUAUCUUCCCCGAUGUGCUUUCCAGAGAAACAUAUGAGGUCAUUUUCUUAUCACUGGCUAAUGCUUUACCUGUUGCAGGGAUCUGGGUUGCAAGUAUCCAAAUUGUUUUAACUUUGCUCCAACAUCGCAAGCGCAUACAGAGCGUUUCCUCUCAUCGGGUCAAGGUUCAACAAGACAAGUCAGAAAGGUCAGUCAGCAGUGUUUCUGUUCAAGACUCCCAUAAAGACCUCAAAGAGUCUUCUUCACCAACUGAGCAUGUUUCUUCGUGUCCAAAUGGAAAAUGUCUGGGUAAAAGUCCACACAGUUCUCCCUUAGCCAACAAAACAGAUUUCAGAGCAGAAGCUCAACCAAACCACUCAAAGUCCAGCCAGAUACCCUCUAAGCAGAGUAACAACGCAAGCUCUCAGGUGAGGGCAGCAAAGAGCGUGGUGGCUGUGGCCACUGUGGUGCUCCUCUGUUGGGUGACUCAUCUAAUUCUGCGCAUCAGCAACAGCAUCCAGGAUUCACCGCUGAUGAUGGAGCUGGCCAGUUACAUCGGAGCCGCCUACACCUGCAUCAUCCCUUAUAUUUUUCUGCAUGGAGUGAAAAAACUUUCUCGUUUGUGUAAAUGAUAGGAAAUGUCAAACGGAAAGUCCGUGAUGCUACAGUUAAAUUCAAGAAUAUUCAUACACUUGGUAGUGUUAGGGUUACAGUAAUGUUUUAAUGUUUACCAAACUGUUUCUUCUGACUAGAAGUAACAUUUAUACUUUUGAUUGAUCCAGUUAAAACUGACUGAGGAUCUGUGGACAGAUCCAGGUUUUCCAACCUCAAGGACUCAAUGAAGCUCUGACCCACACAAACCAUCAAAGUAGUAGAAACAUGCAUUUGAGUAGACGUUAUCAGAAGGGUUUGUUUGCUGUAAUACCACUAAUUUCAGAUUAAGUAUAAUAACUGUUAAUGUAGAUCAAACCGAAUUUAAAGUUUUCAAGGGAUUAAGGUGGUAGUGUAAUUGUUGUUUUAACAUUUUUAGCCAACUAAUAGAAUUAAAAACCCUACUAUUGAUGGAUAUAAUGUGUGAUGUGGCUGAUUAGUGCAUCAGUUUAACAUGAUCAAAUGUUAAAUAUGAAAACCACUAGAUUUAUUAAACCUUAAUAGAUGUUCACCCUUUAGAAGAUUAUUUUAAAAAAAACAUCCCUACUUAACUAGAUAUGGUAAAUAAUAAAGCAAAUGACUUUUCAGACUUCGUAUGAAUCAUGCUAUGAGUUUAUUGUACCUUUCUGUUAAUACUUUCGUACAGAAGGCUACAUUUAAUCCUUUGUCAUUUCAAGAAAAUGCUAGUUGAAAAGCUGAAUUUUAUAUACUGUUAAUUGUAUUCUGUAUAUAUUACUACAGAUAUUUACGCUGGAAGACUUAAAAGUUGUAAACAAAUCAAAUGGCGGUUAGUUUGUAUCUUAGUUGCACUCCACAUUAUAUACGUUAAAGGUGGAAAAUAACCUAAAAUAAUCUCAAGUCUCAGUUCUGCACAAAUAUUUAAUCUCUACUAAACUAUUCCAAUCUUUUCACCUUACAAGUUUAAAGAUUAUAUCAAAGCUUAUAUUUAAAAAUGUUAGAAAUCAAACAUUGUUUUGACCUCAAUUAAACUGUGCAAUUUAUGUCCACACAGCAACAAAAUUAGUUUAUUUUCCAUGAGAAUAUAAAUUAACUAUAAUUAUCCACUAGAGUUUAGCUAAUUGGAGACUGACACUAAUUAGCGCCUUGUUAGUUAUUACAGUAGGAAGUCCUGAGUGAGGUUUCAAAUUAAAGAUAAUUGCAUUGCAUGACCAGUGUCACAUUAAGGAGCAACCUGGUGCCCUUCACAUCUAAUUACUCCAGCAACUUAAAAUAAGGUCAUGCUUAAAUGAGAAUAGAUCCACAAAAGUCAUGACAAGUUAGAUUUUUUUCUAAAAAUGUUUUAUUAGCCUGCCCAAACUUAGGUCUGAUUUUUUUAGUAUAGGUGAAAUUAUGAACAGCACCAACUCAGAGUCAGAAAAACUCUUAUACAUAAUGGCACGGUUUUAAUAUCCAAACAAUCAUUUUCUGUUAACCCACAGGUUUGCAAGAGAGGUUUUGCAACGAUAAUGUUAAAGCCAAGGUAUGUACAUAAAUACAAAAUAAACUGGUAAAA